CUGUUGCCUGUAUUGUCACAUCAUAUGGACCCAUUUGGUUCCAUUUGUACACUCUCAGAGUUAGAUUAACAUUGGUUUUACUAUAUAAACAAUAUAAAUUGGGGGUCUCAGAGAUAGAAAUGCCAUUAAAUGCGGGGGACGUAGACUACUGCAUGUAAAACUAAAAAUGUUAAUUUGGGGUACUGCACAUGAAAAAGUUUGUUGUAAGUAACAUGUUUUAACCUGAAUGCCCUUGGCCUUAUUACAUUUCAGCCAGCACCAGUGCAUGGUGAAGUAGCAACUACAUCUGUGCAAAGUUUGACCAGAGAUGUUGGCUGCCAGACUGAUCCCAUUUCCAUUAGAACAAUGUGCACUCAAUUAGGAGUACGGACACUAAGGACACAAUUUAGGAGCAAAUGUAUACAGACAGACAUUCCACCAGAAGCUUCUCAAUUUUUACCAAGUACCGGGUCGACGCCAAUGAAGCCACCAGCGAAAAGACCUCGUUUGGAACUGGAAGAGGAGGAGGAGGAGGACAUUUUUGCCCCAAUCCCUGGUGCUCGUGCAAUGGAAGUCGACGAUGACGAGUCUAGCUUCGACCUACAACAGUCUCAGUCUUCUCAGGCUGCAGUAGAUGCUGAUGACCCUAGCUACAACCCUGCAGAUUCUCUGGCUGAAAUGUCUGCGUCAGCGGACACUUUGGUAGCUGAAGGCCUUCCACACCACAAGGAGAAGAAAUAUAUCAUAUAUCGUAGCUGCCUUAUGGAGCUGUUCAAGGAGUGUCCUCUGUGCCAGCGUCCCUCUCAAGUUUCCUCAAAGACUAGAGGGACCAUGUUAAUUGUGGAGCAGACAUGCACAUACUGCGCCCAGAAGGUCCGAACCUGGAGGAGCCAGCCGAUGAUAAGAAGCAUGCCAGCUGGUAACAUACAGCUCUCCUCUGCCAUAUACAUCGCUGGAGAGUCCUUUUCUAAAUUCGAAAGGGUCUUCAAUGAAAUGAACGUGGCGAUUCACAAAUACCGCACAUUCCGCCGGCAUACCAAAAACUAUGUUGAGCCAGCCAUUGUUUAUGCAUGGAAACAGUCACAGAAUGACUUGCUCGCACAGUGCCAGUCUUCACCUAAUGGCAUCAUAGCCGGUGGUGACAUGCGUGCAGACUCUCCAGGCCACUCAGCAAAAUAUGGAAGCUACACGAUGAUGAACUUGGCUGUAGACAAGGUGAUCGAUGUCCAACUGGUACAGAGUAACCAAGUCGGUGGGAGUAAUCUCAUGGAAAAGCAGGGCUUAGCAGACAGCCUUGCAUUUUUGGAGCAAAAAGACGUGACUGUGAAAUGCAUUGUAACGGAUCGUCAUCCACAAAUCCAGAAGUACCUCAAGGACAAUGGCAUUUCGCAAUAUUAUGAUGUGUGGCAUCUGGAGAAAAGCAUUUCAAAACAACUGGAGAAGAUUGCCAAAACUAAAAACUGUGAAGAAUUGAGGCCAUGGAUACGGUCCAUCAGGAACCAUAUCUACUGGACAGCGAGUUCAUCCAGCACUGGACCAGAGAGAGAAGCAAAAUGGAAAGCCAUAUUAAACCAUGUGCGAAACAUCCACGUUCACCAAAACUCACCACUCUUCGAAAAGUGCCUCCAUCCGAUCCGUGACACCACUCAAUGGUCAAAAUGGCUGAAAGCAGGAAGUUCUGCGUUCCACAAGCUGGAGAAAGUGCUUGAAAACAAGAGAAUCCUGAAAGACGUCAUGAAACUCAGUCCUCACCACCAAACCUCAUCAUUAGAAGCAUUUCAUGCCGUUAUCAUACGCUUUGCUCCCAAAAGCGUGGCUUACACAUACAUUGGAAUGCUGUGCAGGACCCUCCUGGCUGUGCUGCAUUUCAAUGAGAAUUCACGCCGACCACAGGCCAAAAACAAGAAAGGAGAACCAAUGCAUGCUGUACGUUUCCCAAAGGCCAGAAAGGGUGAAUGCAGAGCAGUACCAGUGCUAGUCGAUCCCACAUUCCGCUAUGCUGGUGAUUUGAUGGAUCUCAUUUUUGAGAAAGUUAUAGAGGACCCAGCUCCAUACACCACAGAGCUGAUGGAGAUCCCAGUACCUGAGGAUUUGUGUGCCGAGUACGAAAGACCAGACAGAGAGGAUGUCAUCGCCAGAUAUGUGUCACGCUUCAAUUCAGAGCACGACGUCUGAAUCCGACGUACUGGCCAUCCUCAUCGGGAUAGUGCUGCCGGAUGUGGUUCACGACACAUGCCGGAAUUGGGACACGAAUGUUUUUUCCCAAGCGACCCCAGCACCAACUCACAAACAUUCUGUAGGCUAGGUAUCUGUAACGCCUGGUAAAUGUGAAAAAACAAACAAACAAAAAAAGUCAAUUUUUGCAAUAAAGGUUGAUUGAUGAUACAAUUUCAGUCAUUAUUUAUUUUCUCAUUUCAGCAUUUAUCUUGUACAUUAUGUAUCAUAAAUCCAAGCCAUUCAGCUAAAGACAAAAUCUGAACUGGAAGACGUGUUGUCAGGCUAACAUGUUUUACAAUAUUGUACAACGUUUACUUAGAAAAAUUUAUGUUUGAUAGACAAAUUACUUAUGCAAC